AUCAGAUCCUCAAAUCAUUUUAAGGAAGUGAUAGGGAAGUGACGACUAAAUGACAUCACUGAGAAAAAGGCAGUUAACCAGACUGAUUUGCCAUUUGAAGUCUUCAAGCCCGUGGAAAAAGAGGGUCAGCUCUCUUAAUAACUUUUCCUAGAGACAAAAAGGAAGGAACUUGUCUUCGGCGCUUGGAAAUACGCCUUCCUGGACUAGAACUGGGGAUGGCCCAAUCCAGGUUCUCAUCCCUCAUACUCCUUUCGUUUCUUCUGAGUCUUUUCUGCCUCAGCUCAGGACAGAGCCUGGUGGCAAGAGUGAAUGAACCUGCUACCUUUUCAUGUGAUUAUUAUAUUCCUAAAAAGGAAAUGGCAAAUUAUCGAGUCUAUUGGCAAAUAUCUGGGAAAGUGGUACAGACCUAUGUACAUGGGAAAAAAGUCGAAGAGCACCUCCACUCUCCAUUUGUGAACAGGACGACUGUGAUUGACUUAGCCAAAAACCUCUCUGUCACAAUUCUUUCCCUGCAAGUGGCUGAUGAGGGCAUCUAUGAGUGUAUAGUACAGAAAAUGGUAGGCGGACAGUACAAACGUGUCCACAAGCAUGAUGUGAAAUUGUCAAUUAGAGCUGACUUCUCAGAUCCUAUUAUCGAUGUGAAUGAAGAAGAAUCGCCUUUUCCUACUUGGAGGAUAACUUGUUCAUCUAGCAAAGGUUAUCCACAGCCUAACCUUGUCUGGUUGAACAAUGGGAAAGAACUAACUUCCCUCAACACCACCAUUUUCCAAGAUCCAACAACUAAACUCUAUGAUAUUAAAAGUGAAUUGCAUGUCAAUCAAAGCAACAAUUUCUCUUUAACCUGCUUAAUCAAAUAUGGUGAUUUUCAAGUGUCAACAAAUAAUACUCUUCGAAAGGACCCAGUCAAUGUGCCAACUUUCCAACCACUCAUCAUUGCUUCUAUCGUGAUAAGCAUCUGCUUUUCCUUAAUAACCUUGAUACUAUGUCUAAACCGAUUCCACUGCCAGUUCUGUAAACAGCCAGAGGAUGGCCUUUACUCUGAUGCCGAAAGACCUACUAUGGCAGCCACAGAGGAAGAGACAAAUGAAUUGGUGAGCCAACUAACCCAUGUUGAAUCAGCUGUAACAUCUGACAAGACAGCCAGUGUGUGAAGGUCUCACGUCUUUUCUUCAGAACUUCUUGAUGACCAUCCAGAAUGUUCUCACACCUUCCCUGGGCUUAUUUGCUGAUUUUUGGGUGCCUCUCCGUCUCCUCUCAGUGGGAAGAAAAUAGAAGAGGACAGAGGAAGCAGAAGAACUUCUGAUAACUUUAACCAGCAGCAUAUAUUUUGAAAUUUGUACAAGCUAAAAAGAACCUGAUUUGUACAAGUUAGAAAGAACCUGGGAUAUUCUCUAGUUUGUCUCAUUUCACAAAGAGGAACCUUGGAGAACCAGAAGGUCUGUGCAAGAUCCCAUUAAGUGAAAAAUCAGGGAUUAGAACCCAGGAUUCCUGGCUGCCAUCUCAGAGCUCUUUCCACUCAGCAUGCCAUCUCUGUCAGGGAUGUGAAUUUCAGUUGAUCUGGUUUCUAAAUUAAGCCCCAGGGAGUUAUAUAUUAUAUA